UCGUUUUUAUCUCUUGUUCUUUAACCUUUCUCUAUCUCUAUAAAUAUAACCUUCUUCUCUUUCUCUCUCUAGAAUAGCUCCGACCUUCGUCGUCGGCUCCAUUCGGGAACCUAGAAAUCGAGGAAUUUCUCGCGUCAAUUCCAAUUCAAAUAGAAGAAGAAACCCGAGGAUUCCUCGCAAUCGCCCCUGGAAAACCCUAGAUUUCAUUUUCUGUAGUCCACUUCCAGUCUAAAUUCGUCCCAAUUCACCUAGAUCUGACCUCAAUUCCCCCACCGGAUCGUAUUUAUUUUCUUCGUCGAAGAAAAUCUAGCCCAGAAAAUCCCAAUUGAAUUACAUUUCUACGUUAAUAUCAAUUAUAAUUGGUGUAGAAAUCCAAUCAAGAUUGCGAGAGGUGGGAAUAAUGGGCAGGUUUUACAAGGACACAGCGGAUCCCUCGUCGUCGUUAACGUCCUCUCCGGCGGAGACAACGUCAACGUCGAAGACGGAGACGGUUAAUGGCUCCCACGAUUUUAAGAUCACGGGGUAUUCGUUGUCGAAGGGAAUUGGGAUUGGGAAGUACAUAGCGUCGGAUACGUUUAUGGUUGGUGGGUAUUCGUGGGCAGUUUACUUUUAUCCUGAUGGAAAGAGUGCGGAGGAUAAUGCUACUUAUGUUUCGCUUUUCAUCGCGUUAGCUAGUGAAGGCACCGACGUCAGGGCACUCUUUGAGCUGACUCUCUUGGAUCAAAGUGGAAGGGAGAGGCACAAAGUUCAUAGCCAUUUCGGUAGGGCGUUGGAGACAGGACCGUAUACUCUUAAAUACAGAGGCAGCAUGUGGGGUUACAAACGGUUUUACAAAAGAACUGCUCUGGAAGCAUCUGAUUACCUGAAGGAUGAUUGCCUUCACGUCCAUUGCUGUGUUGGUGUUGUUAAAUCGCGCACAGAGGGACCUAAGAUCUACUCGAUUCCAGUUUCCCCAUCAAAUAUUGGCCUACAUUUUGGGCAGCUGCUAGAAGGUGGAAAAGGGACUGAUGUAAAUUUCGAAGUUGAUGGAGAAACUUUUUCUGCACACAAGUUAGUUCUUGCUGCUCGAUCGCCCGUCUUUAGAGCUCAAUUAUAUGGUCCAAUGAAGGAUCAAAAUACGGAGUGUAUAAAGAUUGAAGACGUGGAGGCACCUGUAUUUAAGGCCCUGCUUCAUUGGAUGUAUUGGGAUGCACUUCCUGAUUUUGAAGAGCUUACUGGACUGAACUCAAAAGGGGCCUCAACCUUGAUGUCUCAGCAUCUGCUUGCUGCGGCUGAUCGGUAUGGUUUAGAUAGGUUGAGGUUGCUCUGUGAAGCUAACCUUUGUGAGGAUGUCGCUAUCAACACUGUUGCAACCACAUUAGCACUUGCAGAACAACACCACUGUUUCCAGCUGAAAUCUGUCUGUCUCAAAUUUGUCGCACUUCCUGAAAAUCUUAGAGCUGUCAUGCAGACAGAUGGUUUUGACUACCUUAAAGAAAGCUGUCCACAUGUGCUCACUGAGUUAUUGGAGUACGUUGCCAGGAUCAAUGAACACUCUAUUGCUGUUGGGAAGCUAGGGAUCGAAGGUAUUCUAGAUGGAGGGGAUGUCAAUGGUAGACGCGUCAAACAACGAAUGUGAAAAGUCGCGAUUGCCUAGUGAUUUCCAAUAGCUGAGUAAGAAAAUACAUUAGAUCCUUCUUUAGGGUUUACUAGAAAUAUAUUUUCCGGCUGCUGGUCGUGUUUGAUACAGUGUAAAUGAUUUGCUUCCCUUCAUUGUAAUCUGGGAUGGAUCUCUCUAGAGCAUGCACUCAACGCCCUCUGCCAUAAAAUUGUAAGAUGUGUAUGGUUGCCCUUACUUAACUAAGAACAUGCCUAUUCUGUAAUUGAUAUUUUCCCCACCUUUUUAUGCUGGCUACUGUUUCUGAUA